UAGUAGUUAUCGCGUGUUCCCGUGAUCCUCUCUGACCCCUGGUUAGGAAAGAGAGAACAUGUCCCCUUUGGCAACCGUGACGCUCACAUUCUCAACGUCCGAUCACCGAUAGGCUUCUGUUUUCAGAAGCUACUCAAAUUCCUGCCCUGAAGGUUCCGCUGUAAUCUAUAUAAUUUCGUUCUGCAAGAGUCCAAACGCUCAACAAGGCGCGUACCAUCCUCUCCAUCGUCACUUCGUCACACCGUGCCGGGGAACAUUUGGUCACGCGAACCUUUCGGAGCCCUCGUGCUGCUAGAACGCGCAGGAACAUCGCGCAUCGGGAAACGAGUCUUACUAUCAUAAUCCGCCUUCACCUUCACCUUCACCCUCACCAUGGCCCCGUCGAAACAGCCGCAGCCGCCGUUCCAAAAGGACGAGCGUGUGCUCUGUUUCCACAUGGAGAUGCUCUACGAGGCCAAAAUCCUUGACAUUAUGUCGGCCGAGAGUGGCGACGGUUGGCUGUACAAGAUCCACUACAAGGGCUGGAAGAACACCUGGGACGACUGGGUGCCUCAGGACCGCAUCCGCAAGUUCACCGACGAGAACAAGGAAUUAGCCGCGCAGCUCUUGGCCCAGUCCAAGUCGUUGCAGUCCAGCAAGACGGCCAAGCAAUCGGCCAAGAAGGGUGGUCGAGCCUCGGACAUGAGUUCUGCCCGCGGGAGUGAGGAGCGCACUGCGGGCACCACGACUGCCACCGGGCGCGGUCCUCGUCGGGCGAGGGACUAUGACCUCGAGCAGAAGGAGAACUUCUAUAAUCGGCCAUCCGUCAAGAUUCCGGUGCCCGAUCACAUCAAGUCCCUGCUCGUCGACGACUGGGAGAAUAUCACCAAAAAUCAUCAGCUCGUACCGCUUCCCCAUGUCCAUCCCGUCACCGAGAUCUUAGAGGACUACCUAGCACAUGAGCGCCCGAACCGCCAACCGGGCAGUGCAUCCAUGGACGUGCUGGAGGAGACAAUUGUCGGUCUCCGAGAUUAUUUCGAUCAGGCUCUCGGCCGCCUCUUGUUGUAUCGCUUUGAGCGCCUUCAAUAUCAUGAGAUGCACCAGCUGUGGCACUCAGCGGACAGCAACCACAAAAGCGCCAAGGACACGUACGGUGCAGAGCACAUGGCCCGUCUGCUGGUCACGCUCCCUGAACUCAUUGCACAGACCAACAUGGACCAGCAGUCGGUCAACCGUCUUCGGGAGGAACUUAUCAAAUUCACCAACUGGUUCUCCCGCCAUGUGACAAAAUACUUCGUACCCGAGUACGAGAAUCCCGACCAGGACUACCUCGAGAAAGUCAAGAGCGUCUAGGGAACACUUGAUGUCGCAGAAAACGUCAAGGGGACGAAAGAAGCGGUUGAGGGACAGAAAACACCUGAGGCCGGAAAAGCUGACAAGGGCAAGGGGGUGAAGAAAGAGACGGACGAGGAACAACUUGAAGAGGGCCCGUUUUACGGGCUGUGGCCAGGAAGAUCUAUCAGGGGCUAUCCUCCGCGUUUCCGGCAAGGACAGUUUGAGGAAAAACAGGAGAGGUCACCGUCUCCCCCCAUUAGUCGUCGUCUUCAUUCCCGGCAGUAGCCUUUCCGUUCCUCCUCGGCGGCGGUGCGAGCGGAUUUGCUUUUGCGUCCUGUUUGCUUCGGAGGCUUCUUUUUUCGGUUCGUU